AUGAUAUAUCUUCCAUUUCUGAAUUAUCUAUAUAGGAAUUUUACUCAUAUUGCCCUUAGACCAACAACAACACAAAUGGUGGCCGCCAUAAUGAAACACUGCUACAAAAGAAAUUUAGCGGUUGUGCCCCAAGGUGGAAACACUGGUUUAGUAGGUGGUGGUACUCCCGUGUUUGAUGAAAUUGUUUUAUCAACUUCUUUGAUGGACGACAUUAUUAACUUCGAUCCUCAAUCAGGUAUUUUGAUAUGUCAAGCGGGUUGCAUCCUUAAGAAUCUACAAGAUUAUGUUGGAAAUUAUGGAUUUACCAUGCCGAUUGAUUUAGGCGCUAGAGGAAGCUGCCAAAUCGGUGGAAAUCUCUCCACAAAUGCUGGUGGAAUCCAUUUUGUUCGAUAUGGCCCAUUGAGAAGAUAUGUUACUGGCGUAGAAGUGGUAGUUCUAAGCAAUGGCGUUGUAUUAGAUAUGAUAACACCGCAGCCAAUGCAAGACUCUGAUUUUAAACAACUAUUCAUAGGAGCUGAAGGAACACUAGCCAUCUUAACGAAAGUUGCUAUCAAAUGUGUUGAGACUGCAAAGUGUUACAGUGCCAUAAUGUUAGGCUGUAAAACUCAUCAUCAAGUUACGUCAGUUCUAAUGGAUGCUAGAAAUGUUUUAGGUCAUACUGUAUCAGCCAUUGAAGUUAUGGAUUCAGCUGCUGUUUCUGUAGUUGAUUCAAAGUUAGGACUUAAAUGUCCACUUUCUCCGCAUCCAUUCUACGCCCUGAUUGAAACAUUUUCCAACGAUGAAGAUCAAAAUAUCGAUAAACUUAGCCAUAUCUUGAGUCUACUUGAAAACAAAUUUGGUAGCAUGGAAUCAGCAGUUAGUCUUAAUCAGACUCAGUUAUCACAGUUAUGGUCCGUACGAGAACACAUUACCGAAGCACUAAAGCGCGAUGGACAUGUCUAUAAGUUUGAUAUCUCUGUUCCGAUCGCAAAGUACUUCGAUCUGGUUGAUGUGAUGCGGCAUGAAAUUGGAUCAUAUUCAUCAACCAUUUGUGGAUUUGGACACCUGGCCGAUGGAAAUUUACAUUUGAAUAUAACAUCAAAGCAGUACGAUAAGCUACUUCUGAAUAGAAUAGAGACAAUUCUUUGUGACUGGUUAGUUCAGAACGGUGGCAGUAUUAGUGCUGAACAUGGAAUUGGAUUUCACAAAGCGCAUCUCAUGCAUGGUAGUAAAUCAUCAAAUAGUCUGGCCAUGAUGAGAUCGAUCAAGGCUCAUUUCGAUCCGAAAAACAUUCUGAAUCCAUACAAAGUUGUACAAGUUUAA